CUAGCGGUCGGUCACAAUAUCUGGGCCGGCUUCUUCAGUGACAGCCACAUAAUAGCAGAGCAAUUUGCUUCCAUGGUGCCUUUGCUUGUAAUUUCAAUAAUUGUAGAUUCUGUGCAAGGUGUUUUAUCAGGUGUGGCCAGAGGAUGUGGAUGGCAACACUUGACUGUGUAUGUAAACAUUGUCACAUUCUAUUUGAUUGGCAUGACAAUUUCCAGUCUUCUUGGGUUUAAGUUAAAACUACAUGCCAAGGGCUUGUGGAUUGGUUUAAUCUGUGGUCUCUCCUGUCAAGCUGCCACAGUUUUGUAUAUUACACAGAGCAAAAAGUGGACUGUGUUGGAUUCAUCUGAUAUUGCAGAGAGAGAAAAGCCAGUGUUGGUGUAAACAAGUAAUACCACUUGGGCCAACUGUGAGACUAGUUUGUGCAUUGCCUUUGUGGUGUGUUGAAGUAAAGCCGAAAGCAUGUACUUUGUUAACAAAUUUUUGUGCCCUUAAAUUUGACUUGACUUUGAAAGCACAAAUGCCCUUAAAUGAAAGAACCUACCAUACAUGAUGAAUUAUUUUUAACUACU